AUGGAUGGCCCUCCAAAGAACAAUACGCCCCUCCUCGAUGCAGUGACUUUCUCUACUCCAAGGCACCUUAAGAAGGGCCCUGUUGGCUCCGCUUUAUCUCUGCGAAAACGGCGAAGAGCGGACGAUGGGAUAACAGUUCACCUACCGCCACCAUUUACAAUUGAGGCGGAGUCAGACUUUGGGGAGAAUGUUCAUAUCAAACCGCUCGAAAUACUCCCACGCGAUAGUAUCGGUCUUGAUUGGGCUAAUUCCAAAACCAAUUCAAGGUUGUUCAAUGCUGACAUACCUUCUCUUAACGCCGAGAACGUUAUUCUGAUCGCAAAAUACGAUAAUACCCGCCAGCUAGCAGCAAUACAGAGAGUUGGUCACCCUAGAAGCGGGCUCUACACUCUGUUUCGUCUGUCCAAUCAUGUUAAUAUGGGGCCUGUCAAAACUAUGGCAGCCCACCUCAAGAAAGAAAUUGGGAAAUGGUGGAAACCCGCUGAAUUAGAUGAUGAGGGCGCUCAAUCGGAACCUGAGGAGUGGUGGGAGGAUGGAAGUAUGGACCAGGGCAUUCUUGUAAAUGCUCUACAGGGAGUUCAUGUAACUCCAGGAUCUAGACAACUGAACCUGGAUAAGCUCUUGACGGCCACCAAGUCGCUAGCUAUUGCUAAGAACAAGCCAGCCUUGAAGCCAAAGAUUUCCCCUCUUCCAUCAGGCCCUGCCCCCCCUAGUGACACAGACUCGGUGCCCGAGUUCGGGCUAGCUCGGCUUAGACAGCAGUACUACUCCCUACUCUAUACCUCAAAGAGUUCCCUUCAAUACUUCCCGAAAACUUCCCUAUCGCGGGCCCGUGUCCUUUUUCCGACCAAUGGUGAAUCACCGGUCUCGCGCCUUGACCUUCUUCUUUGCUUGGAGAACAUGGUGAUGUCGGUCGAAGAAUGCGACGAUAAAUACCGUGCUGGUAUUCGCGAUGUCUCGAAUGCAAGACGUGCUCAAAGCGGCAUGGCCGAUCAGAUGACUAAUGACCAACUUGAAUCUGCAAUUGUUCCACCCAACUGUCUUAGAGAUAACGAGAUCAAAUACGUGCUUAAGUGGUUAAAAUCCCUAUCUGAUGAUGACGGCCCGAUCCGUUCUCUUGGCCAAGAGGAAAUUCAUUUACAAAAGUGCACCACGGAGCUCAGAUCUCGAGAAACUGAAUUGCAAGUCAUUGUGAUUCUCGAAAUUCUGGCCAUUAAAGAGGGUCUUUCUGAUGAGAAGACGAAAGAGUAUGAAAAGUUAAAAAAAGCGGCUGACCGAAGGAGAAGGCGAAGGGAAAAGGCCGGACAAGGAGACGACGGAGAAAAGAAGAAGAGGAAGAAGAAAAUGGACCUUUUGGUUCUUCUAGACCUUCUCGUUGAUAGGCUUUGCAUUUGGCAUUCGAUCGGCACAGGCGAGGAACCCAAGAGCUCCCAGCCAAAGCCAAAAGAUGCAAAAGAUCGUCUCAGGCAUUUUUGCAUUGAAAUUGUUAUUGCAUACUAUUCAUCUCGACUCCCAAAUAUCUGCGAAGAUAUCCGAUGCAAGUGUACCGGAAAGAUCAAGCAAACUAGGAAAGACCAUGAUCUAGUAAUAGAAGGUGAAGAGACGCAGCUGGAUAUCAGCCAGAUUGGAUCGCAGGAUGCAAUGCCGGAUACCACAGAAGACUCUUUGUUUUUGAAGUCCGCUUAUGGCAGCCGACCUACGCUAUCGCGAUCCUUGACCGCGCCCGCCGGACGGCAUCAGCUUGAACGAGCGGAGUCAUCUUUCUCAGCCUCGCUGCACGGAGAAACCCAAGAUCUCACUUUCGAUUUUGCUGCACAAGUGUCACAAGACAAGGAGGCUAUGAAAACAUCUUUCAGAGGCGGGAUCACCAAUACAAAGAAAACGGCCGAAAGGAGGGUUGUAGAUAUGGCUCCACGGACAAAGAGACGUAAGACUGAAUGCGGCGACGAAUCCCAGCUCAAGGACGCCAUAAAGAAUAUCGCGAAGCCAAACAGGUUAGCAGUUGCCGAAGAGAUGGUUUCCGCAAGUGCACAACGAAUGAAAAUUACGGGAAGAAAACCAAAGAAAACAAUUCGGAUCCCGGUUGCUACUAAUACCGUCCAGGUUGCCGCUACUCCAAGGAAAAACAAUAGAACCCUUAAACUUCUAGAAAGAAAACCCGAUGUCCCGACGGCAAUCGCAGAAGAGGAAGAUCAUAUUCCACCCUCGAGUCAGAUUGUCCCGCAGUCUUCAAUCAAAGAUUCUAGAAAAAAUGAGCGUGAUGAGGUUCAGGCCACGCCAUCCAAGGCCCCCCGAGCGGAUGCUCAUGCUAGAACUGCCCUCCACCAGCAUGAUGCCCAGCGACUAAACCUUCUUCAAUCUUCACCACUAUGCAUCUCCGCUACGCCCAUGCGUCCCAAGAGGACAUUUAUGGAGAGCCUCAACCCAGGAACCAGCAGCAAGCCAAAUGCCUUCAUUUCUAGUACCCCAAGCAACCCAUUUAGAACUUCUACAGAUACAUUUCUCGCUAAAGGGUUCAUGAACUCAAUCACGAGCUCCGUUACAGACACGCCUACAAAACCUAGUAUCUCAAGCAAGCUGCGAUCUUCUUUACUCCAAAUCGAUGAAGGGGAUGUUAUCACUUCAUCUCCAUUACAAAAACCAAAACCUGGGACCCCGGUCAACCGCCGCCUCGUUGCUCGAAAUAUAGAAGAGGACUUUGGAAACGACGAUGCAGAUAUUUACAAGGCGCUUGGCUGGAAUGAUUACUAG